CAACAACAUCAACAACAACGCCCUGAAGCACUUGAUCGGGUUUACUGCCUUUCCCCCCUUCUUCAGGCGCCAGGUGGCCCUGUGCCGGUGCCAAACGUGCUAAGCAGCCACUGGCUCUCCUUCCCCGGCUGGGCCCCGCCUGGCGAUGGGGCCCAUGGCGGUGAACCAUCUCCACCCAAGGCGUCCCAACCUUCAAACAAAAACCACCAGCUCCUCCAAGCCCAAGCUCUUGUCCUGUAAACCCGCGAAGCUCUCCAUAGCUCUCGAGAUCCUCUCCUUCUCUGACUUUCUCUCUCCUUCGUCGGACUCGAUAUCCGAGAUUUUCUAAUUUACCACAACAGCACCACCUCCAGCCAAAAUGCGUGAGAUUGUUCACAUCCAGACCGGCCAGUGCGGUAACCAAAUCGGUGCCGCCUUCUGGCAAACCAUUUCCGGCGAGCACGGCCUCGACAGCAAUGGUAUCUACAACGGCUCUUCUGAGCUCCAGCUGGAGCGCAUGAACGUCUACUUCAACGAGGCCUCCAACAACAAGUAUGUUCCUCGCGCUGUCCUCGUCGAUCUCGAGCCCGGCACCAUGGACGCCGUCCGUGCCGGUCCUUUCGGUCAGCUCUUCCGUCCCGACAACUUCAUCUUCGGCCAGUCCAGUGCCGGAAACAACUGGGCCAAGGGCCACUACACCGAGGGUGCUGAGCUCGUCGACAACGUCCUCGACGUUGUCCGCCGUGAGGCCGAAGGCUGCGACUGCCUCCAGGGCUUCCAGAUCACCCACUCUCUCGGUGGUGGUACCGGAUCUGGUAUGGGAACUCUCCUGCUCUCCAAGAUCCGCGAGGAAUUCCCCGACCGAAUGAUGGCCACUUUCUCCGUUGUCCCAUCCCCCAAGGUGUCCGACACCGUCGUUGAGCCCUACAACGCCACCCUCUCCGUCCACCAGCUUGUCGAGAACUCCGACGAGACCUUCUGCAUUGAUAACGAGGCUCUCUACGACAUCUGCAUGCGCACCCUCAAGCUGAACAACCCUGCCUACGGUGACCUGAACUACCUUGUCUCCGCUGUCAUGUCAGGCAUCACCACCUGCUUGCGAUUCCCCGGUCAGCUUAACUCUGAUCUCCGCAAGCUGGCUGUCAACAUGGUUCCUUUCCCUCGUCUCCACUUCUUCAUGGUCGGCUUCGCUCCUCUGACCAGCCCCGGUGCUCACUCUUUCCGUGCCGUCACCGUGCCCGAGCUCACCCAGCAGAUGUUCGACCCCAAGAACAUGAUGGCUGCUUCUGACUUCCGCAACGGUCGCUACCUGACUUGCUGCUCUAUCUUCCGUGGCAAGGUCGCCAUGAAGGAGGUUGAGGACCAGAUGCGAAACGUGCAGAACAAGAACUCCACCUACUUCGUUGAGUGGAUCCCCAACAACAUCCAGACUGCCCUUUGCGCCAUCCCCCCUCGUGGCCUGAAGAUGUCAUCCACCUUCAUUGGUAACUCCACCUCCAUCCAGGAGCUGUUCAAGCGUGUCGGCGAGCAGUUUAGCGCCAUGUUCCGUCGCAAGGCUUUCUUGCACUGGUACACUGGCGAGGGUAUGGACGAGAUGGAGUUCACUGAGGCCGAGUCCAACAUGAACGACUUGGUGUCUGAGUACCAGCAAUACCAGGAGGCUGGUAUUGACGAGGAGGAGUACGAGGAGGAGGCUCCUAUGGAGGCCGAUGAGGAGUAAAAAGCGAGCUGAGUGUGUUCUAACUUUAUAUUCUUUGGGUGCAUGCGUUUGUGCAACCCUGAUCAGCACUGUAGGACUUGCCUUGCAGAGCUUGUUGAGAUGACUGGACGACUAUUUUGAUAUCCACGCGCGAUAUGGCAGUCUGUCAGAGUAGCAAGUGUUUAUAAACUAAUGAAAAUAAACGAGUACAACUAUUGUACUACGGUAACACUUUUGAAACAAUUGUUACAUGGAGAAUUCCGUAAUGUUUGCCCAAACGCUGCAAUGAACUCGGCA